AUGGCAUCCAAUAUCUUGUUCAUAGACUUCCAAUCAGGGGUACACCAUACAAAUCGCCUUCUUCAUUACUCACAUGUUUCCCAGUUAAGUCAUCUGACUCUUAAUACCACAUCAACCAGCCUUCAAAGGAUCUCAGGUGUUUCAAGUAACAUCAUUGAAAUUAGAGCUCCCCUGCUGAGAUCCAUUGACUACAUAGGCAAUGUAAGAUCUAUUUGUUUAGAAAAUGUCCCUCUUCUUGAAAAGCUGUCACUUUCGCGUAGGGAAUAUUACUUGGGAGAUGGAAAAUGUAAUAUUGCCAAGUUUUUUGAGUCUUUCUCUGUGCUCGACCACCUCCACUUGAAUGACAUGGAGCAGGUGAAGUACCAACGCGGUUUUCCUAUGAUCUUUAUUGUGUCAAACAUCUCAGCAUAUCGAGUGGAGUCUGAUGACAAUGAUGUACAAUUUCUAGAAUCUCUUGAAGUGGAACUCUUCUCAGAUGUGACAUUUAAUCACCUCAGGGAAGUUAAGCUAAUGCAAACUAAUGGCACAAUCCCUGAGAGACAGCUUAUUAAGCUUCUGUUGGCCAAGUCGCCUAAACUGGUGAGAAUGCUAAUUGAGCCAUGUCUAGUUGAAGAAUCUGCAACAGUCGGAAUUGUCGCUGAGCUAAUAAAAUUUCAGCGGGCAUCACGCAAUGCAGAAGUUGUAUAUAAGUUGUAUAAGAAUCCAAAUCCUCAUCCUUGGUUAUUGCUUUUGCUUGAUAUGCCUGUGCUUGAAGUGAGACUUGCAGCAUGA